UGGUAAAGUAAAUUUUCCUAAAAAUCGGUGAAGUGAAGUAGACAACGUCGUAGUUGAGUGUUACGUGAAAAUAAGUGAUUUAUAAUACAAUUAAAAGUAAAUUUAAAGUAAUAAAAUAGUGCUGAUUGUAUAAUUAAGUGACUUCAAGUAAAAUUGAAGGAAUUCACUUAAAAUGGAAAUGUCUGUGAAAACUAAAGACGAAAAUGAAGCACGUGUGGCAGAGGAAUAUCUCUCCAGCUUGUCUGAUCUUACUUGCAACAGUAAACCCUUAAUAAAUAUGCUAACAAUGUUAGCAGAGGAAAAUAUUGGAUGUGCGUCAGUUAUAGUUAAAGUGGUGGAGCAACACAUCGCUAAGGUGCCGCCAGAUAUAAAGUUGCCUUUGCUAUAUUUAAUAGAUUCUAUCGUGAAAAAUGUGAAAAGCACGUAUAUUCAUCUCUUCAGUCAAUGUAUUGUGAACAUAUUUUGCGAUGUAUUCGAAAAGGUUAAUGAAAAAAUUCGUGAACGUAUGUAUGCACUACGGUUAACUUGGAAUGAGGUUUUUCCAUCACAAAAACUAUACGCAUUGGAUGUAAAAGUGAAGCGGAUUGACAAUAAUUGGCCAAUCACAGCAAAGCAAGUACCACAGUCCAUCCACGUAAAUCCAAAUUUUCUCAAACCCAAUUAUGAUCUCAAGGUACAAGCCGGUGAUGUUGAGGAGAUAUUACAAGCCAAAACACGAGAACUGUUGGAAUUGAAAAAGCGUAAACUCGAACUAGAACUUGAAGCGACCAAAAAGAGCUUGGAAGAACAAGAUAAACAGUUGUCGAAAGUAACAAACGGCCUCAUGCCACCGGAAGCGGGCACUACAAUGGGCGGUUCGCGCAUGCCCGGCGUGCCAUCGCAAAUAAUGCCAACUGGCAUAAUGCCGCCUGGCUUGAUGUCUCAACACCACAUGCAUCCACGGCCAACACAUCCGACAAUUGUGGGUGGUGGAGCGGUGCCACCAGCAGCACUUUUCCAUUCAAAUUUCAACCAAUCCAGACCACAACAACAACCACAGCAUAUACCAGUUGGUAUGAUGCCUAUGCCGCCUCAGAAUUUCCCGCCUACGAGCACUAGCAACAAACCGAAAGUGCAUCCUGUAAAUCCCGCAUUAUUAAACACCAUAAGACACCGUGAUCCACGCUUGGCACGUCAACAGCAAAUGCAAGAUGCAACGCCAUCAAUGCGUGGCUCAUCAAAGUCAAACACUUCGUCAUCAUUGCGUGGCGCCGAUGAUACAAAUAAAUCUGACAAUAAGUCAUCUUCAGCGUCGUCUUCGUAUCGCAAUGGUAGCAGCAGCAGCAGCAGCAAAAGCAGUCGCGGUGAUUCGGGUAGUAAUACGAGUACGGAAAGCCGACGAAAAGGCAGCUCAUCACGUGAUAAGGAUAAGGAUAAAGAUCGUAAACGUAGCGAAUCAAAGAGUUCCACAUCAUCCGGUAGUUCGUGUUCCUCGGAGCGACAGAGAGGCACCUCAUCCAGUUCCGCAACUGGAACUACAAGUAGCCGCAGCAGUAAAAAAUCAACUAGUAACAAAUGUGAUAAAGACGCUUUUGAGAUUGCGCCACUUUCUACAACAUUCAAGCGUAAAUCCUCAACCACAUUAUUGUCGGGCAACGAGUCAACAUCGUCAAAAAAGAAGGAACUAAAACGCAAAACACACAGUACACAUACGUCACCAAACAGUAAGAAUCGUUCACGCAGUCGUUCGCCAAUUGAUAAAGCUACCGGCGCUGGCUCAACAGUUGGCGCCGGCGGAAGCGGCACAUUUUCGGAUCGUGAUGAUAGACAAAUAUUUUCAACAAAGAAACUGUCGAAAGCGAUCCUUUCUGAUGCCGAGCACGAGGAGGAGAUGCAGAAAAAUGCCGCCGCAUUAAAAGUAGAAAACAAAAACAAAUCUACAGCGCAACAACCGGCGACCACUGUUGCACUUGACUUCGACGACGAGAUGUCAACGGCAGCAGCAGCAACAACAGCAGGAGCGGCAAACAUAAUUAAAGGGAAAGAUGGAGUAACAACGUUCUUGAAAACUGAAACUUUUACUAAGCAUAAAGUUGAUACAGAUGAUAAUAAUGAUGAAGGUGUUGGUAGUGGUGGUGGUGGUGGUGUUAUUAGUGUUAGCGGUAGUGUUAAUGCUAAGCGUCACAGCAGCCUUGACACUAAGGAACAGCUAGAAAGCAAGCAUAAAGCGGAGCUAUUGUCGCCAGAUACAAUGGAAAUUGAUAAAGCCGAUAGCGAUGAGAAGAAACGUGUCUCCACAUCAAGAACAGAUCUUGAAGAACCAUUGGCCAAGAAGAUUAAGCAAGCCAAAUUCGAUGCAUUAUUUGGAGACGAAGAUGUAGACUUGCGUACUUGCAUACCACCGCAGAUGCUAGCCGUACAACAGCUACAACAUAAAUCACAACAAGAUAGUAAGUCGCCAACACCACCACCUCCUCCAUUUAUAACAGAGGAACAGAAUGCGGAGAGUUGGAAUAACUUGAAGACCUCAAAAAAUACGAAAGCAACAUCAUCACCUACGAAGAAAGCAUCGACUUUGGAUGACGUGCGUGCCAAACUGGCAAAAGCAACUAAAUACAGUAAAUUUAAUAAAUCCGAAAAGUUAAGUAAGGAUAUUACCCAGCGUGUUAAACUAUCAGAGCCACAAUUAAACGAUGACUCUCAGGAUGCCAACGACGAAAAAAUACGUACGAUUGUAGCACAGGCACAGGAGCUGCUAGAAACUAACUCUAUCAAUCAGGAUCAAUAUAAGAAUCUUAUGCAGAAAGUAAUGUCAAUCAAUGAGACGAGCAAAUUGAAAGAGGCAAAGAAACGUGAAUCGCUUGAAGGCAGUGCUGCAACGAAAUCCAAGCAAAUUGAAGAGGACGAGGAAACUGCAGAAGAACAACGUGCCGCAGCGGCACGUGAAGCUGUUCUUAAGAAGCGUAUACCAAAAUUACGCAGGCCUUCAGCCCCUACAAGCGACAAUAAUGCCAAUAAUUCCAUGCCUACCACUGAACUAGUCAAUAGCAAUUCCUCAACAACACGUUCGCCCAUUUAUGAUGAGCGUAGCAAUGACAAUAGCGAUAUAGCUGCUUUACAGCGCUCCAAGCCGCAAAGGGAGAAACGCUUAAAACCAACAAAAUGGGGUGAAAAAGUGGAUGGCGUUGCCAUCGCAGCUAAUAUGCCAGGCAAUUCAAAUCCACCUAAAUCAUGGACUAAGGGUAAUAUGAUGCGACCACAUCCAAAUAUCGGCGGCUACCGUGGUGGACCACCGCCAAAUAUGCCCAUCAUGCAUCCGCAAAUGCCUUGGCAAAUGCAACUGCCACCUGUUGUUGCGCCCGGUGGGCCGCCAUUUGUGAAUUCUGGCCCGAUGAUACGUAGCAGCGUACCACCGCCUCCACAAGCACCAAUGGUGCCGAUUAUACCACUACCACCUAACAUACCGAAACCGUGCAACUCUAUUGAUAAUCCGCAGGCCGAUUUAGUGCGCACCAUCACGAUAGAUGGACUCUCGAAGGAGAUACGCAUUUACGAUCAGGUAGCCAUUGUGUUCAUGGAAUUGGAUCAGCCACGAGAAAUCGGUUUUCAAGCGGGUCAACGUUCGAUUAUCAUUGAUGAUGAGCCACCAAUAGCGUUGCAAUUCAAUGAUGAUUAUAAAACGUUCAGCAUUAACGGUCAGCCACAUCGUUUGCGUUUCGGGUUCCCGUCGCGCGAACUGUACAUUGAUGAUCAGUGGUAUGAGAUAUAUUUCGGUGGACCGCCCGUCUCGAUUCCCUUACAAAAUAGAAUACAUAUACUUAAAGCUGAAGGCCCGCCACCACAAGUGAAUAUCGGUGCGCUGCGUCGAGAUUUGGUUGUGGGUAAGAUCAAUAUGAUUGUUGAUGCACACAUUGUCAUACCAUUGUUCCUGGAUGCGAAACCGCAAAGUUUUAAAUUGGGAAACCAAGAUCACACUGUACAAUUUGCUGAUAACCUAUUGACAGUAUUGCUGGAUGGCGAGCCCGCCAAAGUGGAGUAUGGCGGUUUGCCGAAGAGCUACGUACUAGGGGGUAUAAGUUACUUCAUACGGUUCGGCGCUUUGCCGCAAGGUUUGAAAGCAGGACAAAUCGUAGUUAAGGAUAUGAUUUAUGUGAAAACCGAACCGCCGGCUCCGGAAUCAAUACAAACAAUCGCGCCAGCUAUUCAGGCAAUUGACGAACCGCUACCUGAGAGUACACAAAAAGAUAUUGAUAAUAAGACUGAGCCGGAAAAAGAAAAACAAGAAAAUAUUAUGGACGCAGCGGAAAAUGUUCAAUUGGAGGCAUCGUCAACUAAAACACCCGAAAGUGUAGAAACAACGAGCACAGUUAGUGAACCAGAAGUGGUUGGUACAGCAGGCAGUGGCAAUUCGGCUAUACCAAUAUUCUCUGCCACGGCAUUGAAUAAAAUUAAUAUCGAUGAGCUGUUCCAGAAACUAGUAUCCUCUGGUAUUUUGGGUGGAGCGGGCAAUGUUAUAGCAUCUAGUAACAAGGAUGCCGGUAUUUUGCCCUCAGCUGCCGCGCCUGAGGAGGAGCCACCUCAACCGGUUGCUAUACGCCCAAUCGACCUGACCAAAUCGGAAACGAUUAAAACACGCCAAUUGGCAAUUGUCGAUACAUUAUUCUCUGGUAUGCAAUGCAGCAGUUGUGGUGUGCGCUUUCCACCCGAGCAAACUAUCAAAUAUAGUCAGCAUUUAGAUUGGCAUUUCCGACAGAAUCGGCGCGAACGAGACCUGUCGCGGAAGGCACAUUCGCGUAAAUGGUAUUAUGAUCUAGCCGACUGGGUGCAAUAUGAGGAAAUUGAGGAUUUAGAAGAACGUGAAAAGAACUUUUUCGAAUCGCAGCAAAAUGAUGUGGAAGCAUCGGACGAGACGUCAAAUCAAAAGUGGCUAAAUUCACCGGUACCGCUUAGUUGUCCGGCUUUACCAGAAGAUGUCGAUCGUGUCUGCGAUAUGUGUCAAGAGAAGUUCGAACAAUUUUAUCACGAGGAAACUGAGGAAUGGCAUUUGCGCAAUGCCAUUCGCGUGGAAGAUAAAAUAUAUCAUCCGUUAUGCUACGAAGACUACAAGGCUGCAUUGAAUGCUAAAGUUGAAGAAAUAGAGGAAAAGGAGAAAGACAAGGCUGCAGAGGAGACAAAUACCGAUGAUGAUAUGAUUAUCAAAAUUGAAGGUGAUGACCAUAGCGAUGUUGAAGGUGUAAAAUCAACUGACAAUGUUCCGGAAGACGACGACGAUGAUGUUAUCGUAUUGCCUAAUGAGGAACCCUCUGUGACAGAAAUUGACGAUGACGAUGAAUAUGUACCGGAAAGUGUACCGCCAAUCGCAGAUAAAGAUUCCAUUGACAUUGACACUGAAAAUAAUGUCGCAGAAUCAGUAGACGCAGAUGCAGAUGAGGAUGCCGCUGGAUCAGAUGUGGAAAUACAAGAGCCGCACAUUCCAUUCACAGACUUGGAUACAUAUGUGGAAAAGGAACAACCGGAUACCGACGAAACUUCACAAAUGUCAUUCUUUAAUGUGAAAAUUAAAGAAGAACCAAAGGAUGAUGAUGAGGAUGAAGAUGACGGUUUUGAGGAUGUUGGUACUGUGCUGAUACCACCUGAUGAAGAGAUCUCCAUACAGAGCAGUGAAGAAACACAAACCCAAACGAUUGCGUCUUCGACGUCGGGCAUGUCGCCUACUGCCGAACGGCCACCCUCCUCACAAUCACUUGUUCAAGUCGAUACAACGGAAUUCGCUGAGGGCACUAGUACAAAUACAGUAACCGCAACUCCGAUUGAUUUGAAUACCUCGAUUGAUGGCAAUCUCGGCAGCGAAGAUGAACAUAAUUUAUCCACAGUUGGUCCAUCACCUGCGAUACCAUUGGCUAGCUUAGUUAAUAAAAUUAAAAUAAAUAUAGCUAAGAAUAGUAUAACAGCAAAUAAUAGUAGUACUAGUAAUAAUAGUAAUAGUAAUAAUGGUGGUAGCGCCUCCGCGACCGGCACAACAUCUGUAACGGCGGUCAACAACAUGCUGAUCAGUCCAACCAAAGGCUCAACGGUGUCUGAUGCGCAUACAGCCGAUGAUAAUAAAGACAACCCUAACGGUGCUGGUGGUGAAAAUAUAACACCAUAUAGCCAUGUAUCAGCCAUAAGUGUUGUGUCCACAAUACCGGUACUAUGUGGCGGCGGUACGACUGGCGUACGUACCACUACCCUAGCGCCGGUGGUGUCGAGCAGCAGUAGCAGUAUAAAAAAUAUAGCUGUCAAUGCAGAGUCCAAUGUAAGUACGAUAUCUGUUAUUGGCAGCUAUGGCAGUACAUCCUCAGCGCCACGUUAUUUCCCUCCAUCAAGUACCAGCACAGUUGUGCCGACUGUUUCGAAGCGUCAAACAGCACCACCGAAAACGUCGACGCCACCGCCGCCACAAGAGGAAUCGUUAACGUACGAAUUGAAACCGGCUUUGCAGAAUAUCAAACUCACUAAGGCGAAAAAAGUACAAUGUGGCAUCGAGACAUCGGGCCUCUGUUCAGUUAUGUAAACGACACGAGCAAAAUUUUGGCACAUUAUUUAGAAACUAAAUGGAAUGCCAUGAAGGGUUUAACAUACUUAUAUAGUUUUUCAACUUUUCACAUUGGAAUGUGAAUGAGAGAAAUUUUACGCUAUUGUACAUAUGCAUAUACAUAUGUACAUGUGAAUAUGAGUGGAUAUGUGUAUUAUGCUGUUCGAUGUUUGGGGAAAUUACAUACCAACAUUGAUGAUAGAUUGUUAUUUUAGUAUGAACAUUUUAAAACAACAACAACAACAUUAAUGUUUUUAGUUUAAUUUUUUUUACCUUACUUUUAGAAAUGUAUUGAAACACUUAAUUUUGUUGAAUUCGGCGUACUUCUUUUGGUGCGCUUGCGCAAAUGAAUGUGUGUGCGUGAGUGCGUGUACAGUUAAGCGUGUGACUUGAGGUCAAUGCGUUUAUAUACUCUUUUAAAUACAUUAAAUAGACGCACUCGGUCAAACAUGAGUAUAUUCAAGCCAGCAAUUGCAUUCUCACUGCAACACAUUUGGAGUAUUUAUACCAAUAAACAGAAAAUAUAAAGAA